AUGAAUGAAGAGAGAUUAACGGCCGACAUGGCUUUUAAAGAUUCAUCAUCGGUCGUCAUAAGAAUCCGGCGAAAAUUGCCGGAUUUUUUACACUCCGUGAAGCUCAAAUAUGUUAAAUUAGGAUAUGGUUAUUCAUGCAACACUGCCACUCUUCUUCUAUUCCUUGUAGUACUCCCUUUGGUCAUAACCACUGCUGUACAAAUAACUGGUCUAAAAUUCAACAUGUUUUCUGAUAUUUGGAGGAAUCAAACAAUACUUUUUGAUACUGCAACAGUUGUAAUAGGUUCCACUCUGUUGAUGUUCUUGUUAGGCCUGUAUUGGGCUAAGAAACCGAGGCCCGUUUAUUUGGUCGAUUUCGCAUGUUACAAGCCCGAAGAUGAACGGAAAAUGUCGGUGGAUUCCUUCGUAAAGAUGACAGAAGAGAAUGGUGCUUUCGAGGAGGAGACAAUUCAGUUCCAAAAAAGAAUAUCAUCCCGGUCUGGGCUAGGCGAUGAGACCUAUUUCCCAAGGGGUAUUACAUCCCGACCUCCUAACCUGUCGAUGAAAGAAGCCCGAUUGGAGGCUGAGGCUGUCAUGUUUGGUGCGUUGGACUCGUUGUUUAAUAAGACCGGAGUGAAACCGAAGGACAUUGGGAUUCUUAUUGUUAACUGCAGCUUAUUCAAUCCAACACCUUCUCUAUCUUCGAUGAUUGUGAAUCACUAUAAGCUUAGAACUGAUAUCAGGAGCUUCAAUCUAGGCGGAAUGGGCUGCAGUGCGGGCCUAAUAUCAAUCGACCUCGCAAAACAUCUCCUCCAAGCUAACCCUAAUGAGUAUGCAGUUGUUGUAAGUACUGAAAACAUAACUUUGAAUUGGUACUUUGGAAACGAUCGUUCAAUGCUAUUAUGCAACUGUAUAUUCCGCAUGGGCGGGGCUGCGGUUCUUCUUUCGAACAAAGCCCGGGACAAGGCCCGAUCAAAAUAUCAGCUAGUCCAUACUGUUCGAACCCAUAAAGGUGCAGGCGAUAAUAGCUACAACUGUGUGUACCAAAGAGAGGAUGAUAAAGGUGCAGUUGGGGUUUCGCUUGCUCGUGAACUAAUGGCAGUCGCUGGCGAUGCUUUGAAGACGAAUAUAACCACACUGGGGCCUUUAGUAUUACCCUUCUCUGAACAAUUCAUGUUUCUUAUUACUUUAAUCAAGAAGAAGGUCUUUCGAGCUAAGGUGAGGCCAUAUAUACCCGAUUUCAAGCUCGCUUUCGAGCAUUUUUGCAUACACGCAGGCGGUCGGGCCGUGUUGGAUGAGAUACAGAAGAAUCUGCAACUGACGAAUUGGCACAUGGAACCAUCUAGGAUGACUUUGCACAGGUUUGGAAAUACUUCGAGUAGCUCGUUGUGGUAUGAGUUGGCUUAUACCGAGGCGAAAGGACGGGUUUCGAGUGGGAAUAGGGUGUGGCAAAUUGCGUUCGGGUCGGGAUUCAAGUGCAAUAGUGCAGUUUGGAGAGCUCUGAGGGAAAUUCCCGCGAAAGAGGGCGAAGGUAACCCAUGGUUUGAUUGUAUUGAUCGCUACCCUGUUGCAUAG